AUGGCCAGUGUUCUGUUUUUUAACCUUUUUCGAAUCCGAGAAGCCAAAACAGAUGCCUUCACUGUCAAGGAUCACAGAGGAGAAUUAUACAAGAAACAUUAUCCGCCUGCACUUAAUGAUGAAGUUUGGAGAUUGGAUAAGAUUGGUAAAGAUGGAUCGUUUCAUAAGAGGCUGAAUAAAGCUGGAAUAUACACUGUGGAAGACUUCUUGCGACUUGUAGUGAGAGAUCCGCAGAAACUUCGACACAUACUAGGAAGUGGAAUGUCAAAUAAGAUGUGGGAUGUCCUCGAACAACACUCGAAGACAUGCGUCUUGGGUGGAAAACUCUAUGUUUACUAUCCUGAUGAGCCAAGAAAUGUGGGAAUCAUAUUCAAUGAUAUCUAUGAGUUGAGUGGUCUGAUUGCCGGUGGACAGUAUCAUUCAGUUGAUUCCCUUUCUGACAAUCAGAAGGUCUUUGUUGAUACAUUGGUGAAAAAGGCAUAUGACAACUGGACGCAUGUCAUAGAAUAUGAUGGCUUCUCCAUACACCACUUUCACAAAUCAUAA